AUGCUACACCACCUCACUUCCUUCAGCUUUCUUCUGUCUGUCCUGCUUCAUCUUAACCCCUCGCUGGCUUACUCGCUGAAAAACUGUGCUGUGGCGCAUUCUCCUUAUGUCUGGGAUAUUUCAGUUGUAUGUGCAGAUCGGGACCUCACUUCCAUUCCUGAUGACAUUCCUGAAAAUGCGACAUUCCUGGACUUAAACACAAAUCAAAUUCUAACUGUGAACAGAACCGAUUUAAGGGGAUUGUCGAAGCUACUUUACUUAUCUAUGGAAUAUAAUUCCAUGUCACACAUUGACGACAGAGCUUUUGAAGACUUGGUACAUUUAAGAGAUCUUCUCUUGGGUUCUAAUACCUUAACAAUCGUAACAGAGGACAUGUUUCAGGGAUUGUUCAGAUUAGAGAAUCUGUCUCUGGAAAAAAAUCUAAUCCAAUACAUCUCCCCAAAGGCCUUUCAGCCACUCACCAGUUUACAGAAAGUGAAUCUGUGCUAUAACAGGCUUCAUCAACUUAUUGAAAUCGUGCCUAUUUUACAACUACCAAACUUAAGGGAGCUAGUAGCGGGAAUGAACAGGUUCAGCUCGUUUGAGACUGAUGAUCUGCCGUUCAACAAAUCAAGCCUGAAAAUUCUUUGGUUUAACGGGAAUCCACUGAGAAAGUUCAGCGUUACGAAAGACGUCUUCCCCUAUCUUGAGUUUCUUGAUUUGUCCAAAUGCGUGCCCGGCUUUGAGUGGGAUGUAAAGGAAAAUAACUUUCUCAGGAGCUUAAAGGGUUUGUAUUUAAGUGGAACUGAAGUAAGCUUUGAAAUGUACAGAACCAUUUUUCAGAGUGCCUUUGCCGUGGAGUACAUCUGGCUUUCUUCCAUAAAAGAAUGGUUAAAUAUUGGUCUGAUAAAGUUUGUCUGCCAGAUGCCUUCUUUAACACGACUUAAUUUGACCUUAAACAACAUCUACACUUUAAACGCCACUCUGCUUCAGCCUUGCUCUCAAAUCACUGAGCUAGUUUUGUCUAGCAAUGCCAUGACCAACUUGUCUGAGAAAUCACUCAGACCAUUGAACCGACUCGAGGAAUUGUACUUAGAUAACAACUUUCUACACAGAGUGCCAGUUGCCGUCAGAGGACUCUCCAAACUUAUAGUCCUAGAUUUAAGCUUUAAUGAUAUCGGAGAGUUGGGUUGCUUCGACUUUCUGAAUCUGACAUCAUUGUUAAAUCUCUUUCUCCAAAAUAAUCACAUUUUAGUACUCAGAGGAUGUGCUUUUCAGGACUUGAAAGAGUUGAUACAUCUCAACGUUGAAUCAAACUACAUUAGUACACUGCAUGAUACCUUCACAGUCAGUUUGCCUAAACUCUUAAUUUUCAACAUGGACAUGAAUGAAAUUCAGGGCUUGAGAAAAGGAGACUUUAAGGGUUUGCCUUCCCUCCUGGAUUUAUCUUUACAAUCAGUUAUGAUAUGCUUUGUGGAAAAUGGGACAUUUUAUGGACUUCAUCAUCUUAAAACUCUAGCCUUAUCAGCUUACACUGUCAACAGAGACAUUUUCAGAGGGAUGCCAAACCUUAAAUAUCUGACACUGGAUUUCCCUGUGUUGGGGAACAGCCUGAGCCAUCAUUUUAAUAAAGACCCACCUUUCAUCCAUCUUCCUUUUCUGACGAGUCUUACAAUCUAUAACAGCAAUAAAAAGAGCAUUGUUAUCUCACCGAAUUUGCUCUGCGGUCUACGAUAUUUAGAAGAGUUUGCAGCUGUGACAUUUUUCACUGAGACACCACACGCAGACACCUUUACAUACACCCCUCGUCUGACUAGUCUUCAGAUUACCAACAGCCAUGUCACAAAUCUGAAACCUGAACUGUUACAGCCGUUAACCAACCUGCAAGCUCUCGACCUCCCCAAGAACAAGCUCCGAUCUUUGAAUUUUCUGACCCGGGCCAACCUGUCUGCACUUAGCUGGUUGAAUCUGGGAGACAAUGAGUUGACAAUGAUCAACGAGACGAUCCUCCAGUCUCUCCCUGCACUAACAUACCUUGACCUUUCUGGUAACCCUUUAACUUGUGACUGCCUCAGUAUUGGCUUCAUUGAAUGGGUGAAGAACAAUAACCAAACUCAGGUUGUCAAUGCCUACCAGUACGACUGUUACUUUCCUCCAAGCAAACAGGGAACCAAGUUGUUGGACUUUGAUGUCCAGUCCUGUAAGAUGGAACUCAACUUCCUGUGCUUUAUAUCCAGCGCUUGUCUUGUUGUGCUAACUCUCAUCACGUCGUUCAUGUACCACUUCCUGAGGUGGCAGAUUGUCUACGCCUGCUGCCUCUUCCUGGCCUUCCUUUAUGACAGCAGGAAUAGGAGAAAGGGAGUUCCUCACCUCUACGAUGCCUUCAUCUCCUACAACGUUAACGAUGAGGCCUGGGUCUACAGCGAAAUGCUUCCAGCGUUGGAGGGAGAGCAGGGCUGGAGGCUCUGUCUGCAACACAGAGACAUCCAACCAGGUAAACUCAUCAUAGAGAACAUCAUGGACGCCAUCUACAGCAGCAGGAAGACCAUCUGUGUCAUCAGCCGGAACUACCUGCAGAGCGAGUGGUGCUCCAAAGAGUUCCAGAUGGCCAGCUUCCGACUCUUUGACGAGCAGAAGGACGUGUUGAUUCUGCUGUUUCUGGAGGAGAUCCCAGCCCAGCAGCUGUCUCCGUACUAUCGCAUGAGGAAGCUGGUGAAGAAACGCACCUACUUGAGCUGGCCGAAGGCUGGACAACACACGGGAGUGUUCUGGCAGAGUGUGCGUAGAGCUCUGGAGACAGAGGAUGCUCCCGAAGAGGAUAGCAAUCUGCUCACGGCCGGCAGAGCUCCGAAAGAAAAGAAGUUAUCUUCAGCAGGGCUGAAACUGAAGAUCAACAUGCUACACCACCUCACUUCCUUCAGCUUUCUUCUGUCUGUCCUGCUUCAUCUUAACCCCUUGCUAGCUUACUCGCUGAAAAACUGUGCUGUAUUUCCUUCUUAUGAUGUCUGGGAUAUUUUUGUUACAUGUGCAGAUCGGGACCUCACUUCCAUCCCCGAUGACAUUCCUGAAAACACACUAUCCCUGGAUUUAGACACAAAUCAAAUUCUAACAGUGAACAGAACCGACUUAAGGGGAUUGUCGAAGCUACUUUAUUUACAUAUGGAAUGUAAUGCAAUGUCACACAUUGACGACAGAGCUUUUGAAGACUUGGUACAUUUAAGAGAUCUUCUCUUGGGUUCUAAUACCUUAACAACCGUAACAGAGGACAUGUUUCAGGGAUUGUUCAGAUUAGAGAAUCUGUCUCUGGAAAAAAAUCAAAUCCAAUACAUCUCCCCAAAGGCCUUUCAGCCACUCACCAGAUUACAGAAAGUGAAUCUGUGCUAUAACAGGCUUCAUCAACUUACUGAAAUCGUGCCUAUUUUACAACUACCAAACUUAAGGGAGCUAGUAGCGGGAAUGAACAGGUUCAGCUCGUUUGAGACUGAUGACCUGCCGUUCAACAAAUCAAGCCUGAAAAUUCUUUGGUUUAAUGGGAAUCCACUGAGAAAGUUCAGCGUUACGAAAGACGUCUUCCCCUAUCUUGAGUUUCUUGAUUUGUCCAAAUGCGUGCCCGGCUUUGAGUGGGAUGUAAAGGAAAAUAACUUUCUCAGGAGCUUAAAGGGUUUGUAUUUAAGUGGAACUGAAGUAAGCUUUGAAAUGUACAGAACCAUUUUUCAGAGUGCCUUUGCCGUGGAGUACAUCUGGCUUUCUUCCAUAAAAGAAUGGUUAAAUAUUGGUCUGAUAAAGUUUGUCUGCCAGAUGCCUUCAUUAACACGACUUAAUUUGACCUUAAACAACAUCUACACUUUAAACGCCACUCUGCUUCAGCCUUGCUCUCAAAUCACUGAGCUAGUUUUGUCUAGCAAUGCCAUGACCAACUUGUCUGAGAAAUCACUCAGACCAUUGAACCGACUCGAGGAAUUGUACUUAGAUAACAACUUUCUACACAGAGUGCCAGUUGCCGUCAGAGGACUCUCCAAACUCAUAGUCCUAGAUUUAAGCUUCAAUGAUAUUGGAGAGUUGGGUUGCUUUGACUUUCUGAAUCUGACAUCAUUGUUAAAUCUCUUUCUCCAAAGAAAUCGCAUUUCAGUACUCAGAGGAUGUGCUUUUAAAGACCUGAAAGAGUUGACAGAACUCAAUAUUGAAUCAAACCCAGUUUAUACAAUGCAUGAUACCUUCACAGUCAGUUUGCGGAAACUCUUCAUUUUGAACAUGAACAUGAAUGGUUUUCAGGGCUUGAGAAAAGGAGACUUUAAAGUUUUGCCGUCCCUCCAGGCUUUGUAUUUACAAUCAUUGAUGAUAUGCAGUGUGGAAAAUGGGACAUUUUAUGGACUUCAUCAUCUUAUAACUCUAGCCUUAUCAGCUUACACUGUCAACAGAGACAUUUUCAGAGGGAUGCCAAACCUAAAAAAUCUGACACUGUAUCUCCCUGCAUCUGGGAACAGCCUGAGCCAUCAAUUUAAUGAAGAUCCCCCUUUCGUCUUUCUUCCUUUUCUGACGAGUCUUACAAUCUAUAACAGCAAUAAAAAGAGCAUUGUUAUCUCACCGAAUUUGCUCUGCGGUCUACAAUAUUUAGAAGAGUUUACAGCUGUGACAUUUUUCACUGAGACACCACACACAGACACCUUUACAUACACCCCUCGUCUGACUAGUCUUCAGAUUACCAACAGCCAUGUCACAAAUCUGAAACCUGAACUGUUUCAGCCGUUAACCAACCUGCAAGCUCUUGACCUCCCCAAGAACAAGCUCCGAUCUUUGAAUUUUCUGACCCGGGCCAACCUGUCUGCACUAAUCUGGUUGAAUCUGAGAGACAAUGAGUUGACAAUGAUCAACGAGACGAUCCUCCAGUCUCUCCCUGCACUAACAUACCUUGACCUUUCUGGUAACCCUUUAACUUGUGACUGCCUCAGUAUUGGCUUCAUUGAAUGGGUGAAGAACAAUAACCAAACUCAGGUUGUCAACGCCUACCAGUACGACUGUUACUUUCCUCCAAGCAAACAGGGAACCAAGUUGUUGGACUUUGAUGUUCAGUCCUGUAAGAUGGAACUCAACUUCCUGUGCUUUAUAUCCAGCGCUUGUCUUGUUGUGCUAACUCUCAUCACGUCAUUCAUGUACCACUUCCUGAGGUGGCAGAUUGUCUACGCCUGCUGCCUCUUCCUGGCCUUCCUUUAUGACAGCAGGAAUAGGAGAAAGGGAUUUCCUCACCUCUACGAUGCCUUCAUCUCCUACAACGUUAACGAUGAGGCCUGGGUCUACAGAGAGAUGCUUCCAGCGUUGGAGGGAGAGCAGGGCUGGAGGCUCUGUCUGCACCACAGAGACUUCCAACCAGGUAAACCCAUCAUAGAGAACAUCAUGGACGCCAUCUACAGCAGCAGGAAGACCAUCUGUGUCAUCAGCUGGAACUACCUGCAGAGCGAGUGGUGCUCCAAAGAGUUCCAGAUGGCCAGCUUCCGACUCUUUGACGAGCAGAAGGACGUGUUGAUUCUGCUGUUUCUGGAGGAGAUCCCAGCCCAGCAGCUGUCUCCGUACUAUCGCAUGAGGAAGCUGGUGAAGAAACGUACCUACUUGAGCUGGCCGAAGGCUGGACAACACACGGGAGUGUUCUGGCAGAGUGUGCGUAGAGCUCUGGAGACAGAGGAUGCUCCCGAAGAGGAUAGCAAUCUGCUCACGGCCGGCAGAGCUCCUUAA